AUUAAAUAUAUUAUUUUUUUAUAUCAAAAAAUAUAUAUAUUAAAAUGUCGAGAGAGUCCGGUAGAAGGUCCGUGGAUAUGGGCACCGUGAACCGAAGUUUGAGGAGAGGCAAAGCUAAAGCCACCUCCGACGGUUCGACCUCACGCGUUUCUCGAGGAAGACACUCCGUCUCUUCCUUUCCUACUAUCCCCGAUCACUUAAUCGGGGAUGCUAUGACGGAUGAAGAAUUCGACCAGAUUUAUUCUGGUAGAGGGGACGCAAAUCUCCCCACUCUUGAUAGUGUAUUCGAAGAUCUUGAUGAAGCAAAUCUUGAUAAUCUGGACGGGGACGAGGAGCCUACACCGCAGAGCAACGACGUCGACGUGGAGGUAGGUGAGCCCGAGACCUCUCGAGGUCCGGAUAAAG